UCCGGACUCGUCGGCUAGCCUCCGCCUGCGUGCGGCGGGGCCUGGAGCAGCCUCGCGGAGCCCAGGGCGCGAGCGCGAGAGGACGGGGAAGGCGGGGGAGGGGUGGAGGGAAAGGAAGGGAGUGGCUGGGAGUCGGGCUGCGGCAGCCUCUGGUCUCCUCACCAGCGGCACCAACCCCUCCUCCUGCGCCUCGGCCGCUUCCCUCCUCGCCGGGGAAAGAUGCCCUUAACCCAGGGGUGUGAAGAAGGGGGAGAGCUAGCUGCCGGAGCCGCCCGCGCCCUCGCCACCGCAGUUGCUGCCGUCCGUGUCCUUUGAAUUCAGAAAAGCACCCCUCGCCAGGGCGUCGGGAGCGUCGGCGGGCGGGCGGGCGGCCGCGGUGCGGGUGUGGGGGAGACCGGGCUCUCCGCCCGGCGCGGCCCAGGCCGGCGGCCCAGCGACCACCGACAUGGAGCGGGCUCGGGCGGCCGAGUAGCCGCCGCUCCCGGAGCCGGGGGCGAGUGCCGCCCGCAGCCAGUCAGGCCCCUGGGAGAAGCGGGGAGAAAAAUGAAGAGUGUUCAUCGGAAUCCGUUGGAAAUAGGACUAGCUGCAGAGCCUUAAAAAGAAGGACGUCGGGAGGAGAAAGGAAAAGCCUCCUUCUCAUUCGGGGAAGACUUGGUGUGCUUCGAGCCGAGGGGCUGCUUCAGGGACCUCGCCCCCUCCCUUUCCCGCUGGAGAAAUUGUCGCUGAUGCGUUAUCCAAGUGGUGGUUGGGAGGAUUUGCGGCAGAAUUUUUGGUUUUCCCUCCCCCUUAUAUACAUUCUGUUUUUUUCCUCCCUUUUCGAUUUUCCUUCUGCCUGGGAAGUGAAUUGCUGAUGCAGAUCGGACCUAAUUCAUUAAUGAUGCAACCGGAUUCAUUUCAGGAUUAUGUUGCACGAGUUGAAUUUUGAAUGAAGGAGAAGAGUUUUUUUUUAAGAAGUGUUGACUCUUUGGUUCUCUGUACUUUUUAAUUAUUUUAUUUAAAUAUACGAUUUAAUUGUAUUAUUCUUUUAAAAAUGUAUUAAAUAUAUAUUUUAAUGGUAACUUUCCCUCAAAAUAUAUGUAUAUGUGCGAAAUUGAAGACGCUUCAGUUAAGUGAGGUUACUGGUGUGUUGGAUGUUGAAUUCAGCACCGGCAUUGCGUGACAGUUGUUUGAAUAACAAGUGGUUUACUUUUAAAACCACACCUUUUAACAUUUAGGUUCAAAUAACCAUAGUCAAAAUCGUUUUAGUAAUUGAAAGAAAACCCAGCAAAAAUUGAAGCAAACAUGUCUGGAGAAGUGCGUUUGAGACAGUUGGAGCAGUUUAUUUUGGAUGGGCCCGCUCAGACCAAUGGGCAGUGCUUCAGUGUGGAAACGUUACUGGAUAUCCUCAUCUGCCUUUAUGAUGAAUGCAAUAAUUCUCCAUUGAGAAGAGAGAAGAACAUUCUUGAAUACCUAGAAUGGGCUAAACCAUUUACUUCUAAAGUGAAACAGAUGCGAUUACAUAGAGAAGACUUUGAAAUAUUAAAGGUGAUUGGUCGAGGGGCUUUUGGAGAGGUUGCUGUAGUGAAACUAAAAAAUGCAGAUAAAGUAUUUGCCAUGAAAAUAUUGAAUAAAUGGGAAAUGUUGAAAAGAGCUGAGACAGCAUGUUUUCGUGAAGAAAGGGAUGUGUUAGUGAAUGGAGACAAUAAAUGGAUUACAACUUUGCAUUAUGCUUUCCAGGAUGACAAUAACUUAUACCUGGUUAUGGAUUAUUAUGUUGGUGGGGAUUUGCUUACUCUACUCAGCAAAUUUGAAGAUAGAUUACCUGAAGAUAUGGCUCGAUUUUACUUGGCUGAGAUGGUGAUAGCAAUUGAUUCAGUUCAUCAACUGCAUUAUGUUCACAGGGACAUCAAACCUGACAAUAUAUUGAUGGAUAUGAAUGGACAUAUUCGGUUAGCAGAUUUUGGUUCGUGUCUGAAGCUGAUGGAAGAUGGAACGGUCCAGUCUUCAGUGGCUGUUGGAACUCCAGAUUAUAUCUCUCCUGAAAUCCUUCAAGCCAUGGAAGAUGGAAAAGGCAGAUAUGGACCUGAAUGUGACUGGUGGUCUUUGGGGGUCUGUAUGUAUGAAAUGCUUUAUGGAGAAACACCAUUUUAUGCAGAAUCUCUGGUGGAAACAUAUGGAAAAAUCAUGAAUCACAAAGAGAGGUUUCAGUUUCCAGCUCAAGUGACUGAUGUGUCUGAAAAUGCUAAGGAUCUUAUUCGAAGGCUCAUUUGUAGCAGAGAACAUCGGCUUGGUCAAAAUGGAAUAGAAGACUUUAAGAAACACCCAUUUUUCAGUGGAAUUGAUUGGGAUAAUAUUCGAAACUGUGAAGCACCUUAUAUUCCAGAAGUUAGUAGCCCAACAGAUACAUCGAAUUUUGAUGUGGAUGAUGAUUGUUUAAAGAAUUCUGAAACGAUGCCCCCACCAACACAUACUGCAUUUUCUGGCCACCAUCUGCCAUUUGUUGGUUUUACAUAUACUAGUAGCUGUGUUCUUUCUGAUCGGAGCUGUUUAAGAGUUACAGCUGGUCCCACUCCACUGGAUCUAGAUGUUAAUGUUCAGAGGACUCUAGAUAACAACUUAGCAACUGAAGCUUAUGAAAGAAGAAUUAAGCGCCUUGAACAGGAGAAACUUGAACUUAGUAGAAAGCUUCAAGAGUCAACACAGACUGUCCAGGCUCUGCAGUAUUCAACUGCUGAUGGUCCACUAACAGCAAGCAAAGAUUUAGAAAUAAAAAACUUAAAAGAAGAAAUCGAAAAACUAAGGAAACAAGUAAGAGAAUCAAGUCACUUGGAACAGCAACUUGAAGAAGCUAAUUCUGUGAGGCGAGAACUAGAUGAUGCUUUUAGACAAAUCAAGGCUUAUGAAAAACAAAUCAAAACAUUACAACAAGAAAGGGAAGAAUUAAAUAAGGAACUAGUCCAGGCUAGUGAGCGAUUAAAAAACCAAUCCAAAGAGCUGAAAGACGCACACUGUCAGAGGAAACUGGCCAUGCAGGAAUUCAUGGAGAUCAAUGAGCGGCUAACAGAAUUGCACACCCAAAAACAGAAACUUGCUCGCCAUGUCCGAGAUAAGGAAGAAGAGGUGGACCUGGUGAUGCAAAAAGUUGAAAGCUUAAGGCAAGAACUGCGCAGAACAGAAAGAGCCAAAAAAGAGCUGGAAGUUCGUACAGAAGCUGUAGCUGCUGAAGCAUCUAAAGACAGGAAAUUGCGUGAACAGAGCGAGCACUAUUCUAAGCAACUGGAAAAUGAAUUAGAGGGACUGAAGCAAAAACAAAUUAGUUACUCACCAGGAGUGUGCAGCAUAGAGCAUCAGCAAGAAAUAACCAAACUAAAGACUGAUUUAGAAAAGAAAAGUAUCUUUUAUGAAGAAGAAUUGUCUAAGAGAGAAGGAAUACAUGCAAAUGAAAUUAAAAAUCUGAAGAAAGAACUGCAUGAUUCAGAAGGCCAGCAACUUGCUCUCAACAAAGAAAUUAUGAUUUUGAAAGACAAAUUGGAAAAAAACAGGAGAGAGAGUCAAAGUGAAAGGGAAGAAUUUGAAAAUGAGUUCAAACAACAGUAUGAACGAGAAAAGGUGUUAUUAACUGAAGAAAAUAAAAAACUGACAAGUGAGCUUGAUAAGCUUACCACUUUGUAUGAGAACUUAAGUACACGCAGCCAGCAGUUAGAAGAAGAGGUAAAAGAUCUAGCAGACAAGAAGGAAUCAGUUGCACAUUGGGAAGCUCAAAUCACAGAAAUAAUUCAGUGGGUCAGUGAUGAAAAGGAUGCACGAGGAUAUCUUCAGGCCUUAGCUUCUAAAAUGACUGAGGAAUUGGAAGCAUUAAGAAACUCCAGUUUGGGUACCCGAGCAACAGAUAUGCCCUGGAAAAUGCGUCGCUUUGCAAAACUGGAUAUGUCAGCUCGACUGGAGUUGCAGUCAGCUCUGGAUGCAGAAAUAAGAGCGAAACAGGCCAUCCAAGAAGAACUGAAUAAAGUUAAAGCGUCUAACAUCAUAACAGAAUGUAAACUAAAAGAUUCAGAGAAGAAGAACUUGGAACUACUAUCAGAAAUCGAACAACUGAUAAAGGACACUGAAGAGCUUAGAUCUGAAAAGGGUAUAGAGCACCAAGACUCACAGCAUUCUUUCUUGGCAUUUUUGAAUACGCCUACCGAUGCUCUGGAUCAAUUUGAAGAUUCCUUUUCUUCUUCCUCAUCUUCACUGAUUGAUUUUUUGGAUGACCGCUCUCCAUCCUGUACUCCAGCUAGCAAAGGCAGACGUACUGAUCCCGUUGAGAACACAUAUGUACGGAAUCCGAACGUCAAGUUUUACAUCCAGUCAAGGUCCACAUCUCCUUCCACAUCUAGUGAAGCUGAGCCAGUUAAGACUGUAGACAGUACUCCACUUCCAGUUCACACACCAACCUUAAGGAAAAAAGGAUGCCCUGGUUCAACUGGCUUUCCACCUAAGCGCAAGACUCAUCAGUUUUUUGUCAAAUCUUUUACUACUCCUACUAAAUGUCAUCAGUGUACGUCUUUGAUGGUGGGUUUGAUUAGACAAGGCUGUUCCUGUGAAGUGUGUGGAUUUUCAUGUCACAUAACUUGUGUAAACAAAGCUCCAACUGCUUGCCCAGUUCCUCCUGAACAGACGAAAGGUCCUCUGGGUAUAGAUCCUCAGAAAGGAAUAGGAACAGCAUAUGAAGGGCAUGUCAGGAUCCCUAAGCCAGCUGGAGUAAAGAAAGGAUGGCAGAGAGCACUGGCUGUAGUUUGUGAUUUCAAACUCUUUCUGUACGAUGUUGCUGAAGGAAAGGCAUCUCAGCCCAGUGUUGUAGUCAGUCAAGUGAUUGACAUGAGGGAUGAAGAAUUUUCUGUGAGUUCAGUCUUGGCUUCUGAUGUUAUUCAUGCAAGUCGAAAAGAUAUACCCUGUAUAUUUAGAGUCACAGCUUCCCAGCUCUCAGCGUCAAAUAACAAAUGUUCAAUCCUGAUGCUAGCAGAUAGUGAGAAUGAGAAGAGUAAGUGGGUUGGAGUGCUGAGUGAGUUGCACAAGAUCUUGAAGAAAAACAAAUUCAGAGACCGCUCAGUCUAUGUUCCCAAAGAGGCUUAUGACAGCACUCUACCCCUCAUUAAAACAACCCAGGCAGCUGCAAUCAUAGAUCAUGAAAGAAUAGCUUUGGGGAAUGAAGAAGGGUUAUUUGUUGUGCAUGUCACCAAAGAUGAAAUUAUUAGAGUUGGUGACAAUAAGAAGAUUCAUCAGAUUGAACUCAUUCCAAAUGAUCAGCUUCUUGCUGUGAUCUCAGGACGAAAUCGUCAUGUACGACUUUUUCCUAUGUCAGCUUUGGACGGGCGAGAGACUGAUUUUUAUAAGUUGGCAGAAACUAAAGGGUGUCAAACCAUAACUUCUGGAAAAGUGCGUCAUGGAGCUCUUACAUGCCUGUGUGUGGCUAUGAAAAGGCAGGUCCUCUGUUAUGAACUAUUUCAGAGCAAGACCCGUCACAGAAAAUUUAAGGAAAUUCAAGUCCCAUAUAAUGUCCAGUGGAUGGCAAUCUUCAGUGAACAACUCUGUGUGGGAUUCCAGUCUGGAUUUCUAAGAUACCCCCUGAAUGGAGAAGGAAGUCCAUACAGUAUGCUCCAUUCAAAUGACCAUACACUCUCAUUUAUUGCACAUCAACCAAUGGAUGCCAUCUGCGCAGUUGAAAUCUCCAGUAAAGAAUAUCUGCUGUGUUUUAACAGCAUUGGGAUAUACACUGAUUGUCAGGGCCGAAGAUCUAGACAACAGGAAUUGAUGUGGCCAGCAAAUCCUUCCUCUUGUUGUUACAAUGCACCGUAUCUCUCAGUGUAUAGUGAAAAUGCAGUUGAUAUCUUUGAUGUGAACUCCAUGGAAUGGAUUCAGACUCUCCCACUCAAAAAGGUUCGACCCUUAAACACUGAAGGAUCAUUAAAUCUUUUAGGGUUGGAGACGAUUAGAUUAAUAUAUUUCAAGAAUAAGAUGGCAGAAGGGGAUGAACUGGUAGUUCCUGAAACAUCAGAUAAUAGUCGGAAACAAAUGGUUAGAAAUAUUAACAAUAAGAGGCGUUAUUCCUUCAGAGUUCCAGAAGAGGAAAGGAUGCAACAAAGGAGGGAGAUGCUACGAGAUCCAGAAAUGAGAAAUAAAUUAAUUUCUAACCCAACUAAUUUUAACCACAUAGCACACAUGGGUCCAGGAGAUGGAAUACAGAUUCUAAAAGACCUGCCCAUGCCCGGUUUCCCUUAUCCAUCCCCUCAUCAUCACUCCGGUCUGAUCUCCUCUCCGAUCAACUUUGAGCACAUCUAUCACAUGACUGUUAAUUCUGCUGAAAAAUUUCUCUCUCCUGAUUCCAUAAACCCUGAAUAUUCCCCGUCUCUGCGCUCUGUCCCCGGUACACCAAGCUUUAUGACUCUGAGGAACCUGCGGCCUCAGGAAAGUCGGACAGCAUUCAGUGGCUCGGUCAGUAUUCCAUCAAUCACCAAGUCCCGCCCUGAACCUGGGCGCUCCAUGAGCGCCAGCAGUGGCCUGUCGGCAAGGUCAUCCGCACAGAAUGGCAGUGCAUUAAAGAGAGAAUUCUCUGGAGGAAGCUACAGUGUAAAGCGGCAGCCCAUGCCCUCCCCGUCAGAGGGCUCGCUAUCCUCGGGAGGCAUGGACCAAGGAAGUGACGCCCCAGCGAGGGACUAUGAUGGAGAGGACUCUGACUCUCCGAGGCAUUCCACGGCUUCCAACAGUUCCAACCUGAGCAGCCCUCCCAGCCCGGUGUCGCCCCGAAAGACCAAGAGCCUGUCUCUGGAGAGCACUGACCGCGGGAGCUGGGACCCGUGAGCGGCCUCCACGCUCAGACUGGACGGACGCCGAAGCAGUGGCCGCUCUGGGCUCCCCUCCACGUACCUUCUCCUCUCACUGUCCUCUCUUCCCCGACCUCUGCCUGAAAACGCCCAGGGCAGGCAGCAGUAGCCAAGGCGGGCAUUCAGGAACUCUGCCUCUAGGACUCGCAUCCACACCCCCUCAACUUAACAGCAACAACCAUAAAGGCAGACUUUCAUUGAGCAGCUUAGAUUAAUACCGAUUUCAUUUCAUACACUUAGCGUUGCUUUUCAGAAUAUUUCACCCCCCAAAAGGUAGCUUAAGUAGACAGAUUACACAAAUGUAAGCGAUAAGAAUAGGAUUAGACAGAUGUUGUUUUCACAGUAGAGCCUCGUUGUAGCCCUGAGACAGCAUGUGGGGCUCACCAGUGGGUCCCGGGCGCACUCCAAGCCCCUUCAGCACCACAGUGAAUGUCGACCUGAUCGUUGCCAGUAAAUCCCUGUUCCCUAGAACGAUGCAUAUUUUACUACAAGACAGAGUUUAAAUAAAUACACAAAUGUAGAGGUUAAAUACUGAAUGUAUAUAGUAAAAAGAAGCAUCUUGCAGUCAACGAAAGAUGGAUGCAUAUAUGAGAGAGUGAGAGAGAUCAUUUAAUUUAAAGAAAUGUGUUGUUUCUUGUCUGUUUUCCACCGAAGUAAUUAAAGGAUAGAAAGGCCUCAAGCUGAAGUUUACAGAGGGAGAGCAAGAGGAGUGAGAAUUCCCCUUAGUGCCAUUUCUCACACCGGUUGCAGUCACCUGGGAGCUUUAGGAAACGUUCCAAGGCUUUGGUUUCAUCGGUUUGGAGUGUGACCUGGGAGCCAGACUUUUAACAUUUGAAGCCUCUUCAGCAGCAUCGUUAAAAGGCAUUUCUUUUUCUAGCAGUAGAAUUUGAACCACACUUCUCCUUUAUUAUUAUAUUUUGAUAUUUUCUGGAGAUGAAUGUAGAAAUGCAGUUUUGUCAUCUUCUGGGUCCCUUCCAUCUGAAAGGACACAAGGAAUGUCAUAGUUUCUGAAGGUCCAUAAAAAGGUUCAUAAAAGUGCUUUUUUCCCUUGGCAUCCCCUCCCUCCCUGAACUGCAGUGAGGCAUCUGUCCCCCAGCUGAGCCGGCUUCCCAGGGAGGGGUCUGGUUUUUGAGGGGGGUGUGAGCUUCCCCAGAUAAGUCUGGGAAAGGAGUUUAAUUACCAAAUAAUGUAAAACCUCAAACGCAAGGACUUGAACAGCCUUAACCAAAUACUCUUUCCCACAGCCAGUGGGAGAUGGACGUGCUCAGCCCGGGCACAGGCAGGAGGUCCACCCAGCGUGGCCAUGGCCGUCUUGACUGCCUAAGCUUUUCCUCCCUCAGUUGCUAUACUGUGUUGUUAGUCACGUUUCCAUUUGGAUUCCUGCUGUUUUAAUUACUGCAAGGAAACGAGAUGCAGAACCAGGACUUGAUUUCUCCAGUCAUUUCACCAGUUAAGCACAUGAGUAGAGAAAGAGAUAGAAAUAAAGAUAUCUCAUGAAAGUAAAGAGAAUCUGCCUCUCUUUUACUUUUUAUCUAAAACUUGUCUGAGAAAUAGAAACAGAUUUCCUGCUCUCUCCUGUAAAACUCAGCUAAAAUGGAAGAGGUUUCCUGCAGUUGCUUGUCUGAAUUGCAUUGUUUGAGCACUGUCGUUUCACCCCGAUUUCACAUCCUUCUCCUCAGCAACAGCUGUGCCAGCCUUCCCACCACAGGCCACAGGGAGCUAGAGUAUUUCCAAGUUGAUGCCACUCUCUGGAGCAAGUCCCUGAGGUUCAGUGAUGGAAGAAAGGAUCCUGUUUGGGGAUUAUAUUGUAAAGUGUUACAAUAGAGAAUUUUUAAAUAAUAACAACUUUGGCAUUUAAACAUUCUGAACUUGGUGCUUGCUCAGAUUUGAUUAUGUUUUAAUUUGGAUGGCAUAAAUUACUGCAUAAUUCUAACCUAAAUCCUUUGCUUUUGGAAGAGGAGUAUCAUGUGAAAAUACUUUGUGCGUUCAGAUAUGCAGUCAGACCUUGAGUCUAGUUAUUACUAUGACUCUGGUAGCUCCUUAAAGCUUGGCACUUCCCAGGAGAGGAGGGAACCAGCCAGCCAGGUGCUGAGCACCUGUGGCCCGCUCUCCUCCAGACCCUCUCUCCCUGCUUCUUUCCUUCCCCCUCGCCUCUUCCUGCAUCCCUUUUCCCCCUUGAGAGGAGUCAGACCAGGCUGAGAUUCACAGGACUCCACACUAAGCCAUUAGUUUAUAGCUUUGACAACUAAGUUUCUGUUGCCUGUAGGUGCUUAUUUUUUAAAAGAUGCUUUUAGGAUCAAAACAUAACCAUGCCUGAAGUCUGGACUCCACUACAGUGAGUCAUUUCCCCAACAGGGCAGAUAAGAGAAGGGCUUGUCCUGGUUGCCAGGGUCCCUAGGAGAUGUAAUAUAAACCCAGUGGAUUGUGGGCGAGUAAUCUGAAAUGGCCUCAUCAGUAGUGAGCGAGCAGUACCAAAUGUGAAUAGUUUCCAGUAGUAGGGCUUUGGGGGAGAAACACUGCCAUGGGCAGUAACUUGGGCUGUGUUUUCCCAAGAUGAACAUUCUGCUGAGCGUAUCCCCAUUCUUAAAUAUGAAGCAGUUACCUUGAGAAGCUUCUUAAGAAGAAUGAUUUGGAAAGAUGGGGAAUGGGUUCUAGAGAAACAGAAAACAUAAUGAUCAUUGAAAGGGAUCAAUAAGAAAGAUCAUGAAACAGAUGUGAUAUUGCUGUUUGAAGUCAUCCUUUGUUUUCGGGCAGGACAUUCAAAGAAAUGUAUAUGACAGCAGGAACUCAAAUUGCUCUUAUCAGUAGAAAGGAAAAUGAAGAGGCAUUUCUGGCAUAGUCUAGAUGUAUUGGUAUUUGGUGCUAUCUAUGUUCGGCCAAUUUGUUGUCUACUCUUGAAUUCUGAUUAAUUUAAUCUUGCUAUGUGCUUUGGGUGUAUAAAAUUACAUACAUACAUAUAUAUAUUUCUUUUUGCCAAAAACAAAAGCCUUCCUCCUUGUCAAAUGCUUUCUAAAGCAGAUUUCACUUCUUUACUUACGUGUGUACACACACACACACACACACGCACACACACAUCCCUACACUUAGUGAUUUAUCUUCUUUCCCAGGGAGCACAGUUUUAAGGCUAUGAAAUACAACUUAAAAGGGCCCAUCUAUUUAGUUUUCCAAGCAAUUCUUGUACCCAAGCUUCAGGGAAGAAUCUGAAAUUCCUGUUAUGUUUACAGCAACAAUCUGUCAUUCCCCAGCUGGCUCUCAGCCUCCCUCUGCCUUCCAUAUGGUUAGAAUCAUGUCAUUUUGUUUCUUGGUGGCCACAUCUACUUCUGUGAAAGACCAGUUGCAUUUAUAUGGACUCUCAGGUAUCAUUAAAGAAAAGCCAGAGUAGGGGUGGGUGGACAUCCCUAAUCCCAGUUACAGCAGGGCCGUUUGCUGGCCUUUGGCCAUAAACACUGUGGUGCCCAGCUAAGCAGAGCCUUGUAAAGCUCAGCAUCCACUCUCUGGACAGAGGGGCAUUCUCAGCAGUGGCCAGACUUCACCACUGCCCCGGUCUGCUGGGCACAACAGGGAAAUAACUGGGCGCCUCGCUCCACAGCUCUCGCUGGCCCAGCCCCUGCAUUCAUUACAUAAGCCGCAUGGCAUUUCAAUGGGCCCAUCUUAAAACUUCUUUCCUUGUUAUGACUUUGUUACACAAGUCCAGUGUCCUCUGCAGGGUCCUGCUCCGUAAGAGGGCCUCGCUUCAGCUGGGGUCUGUUGUUUCAGCGCUGGCCAGCAGGCUGGGCGCUCCUCUCCCUUCCCAGGGACAACCGUUACACACAGAAACCAUUUCAUUUAUGGGGGAAAAUUGACGAAAACAAAUCAACCUUGAAAUUUCAUGAAAACAAAAUGACCUUUUUAUUUGAUAGUGUAAUACCAUUUAUUUUAUAAAUUUUUUAGGGUUUUUUCUCAUUGUAAUAUUAUUGUACAGUUUUGCAUGGCCUGGGUGUAAUCAUUUUUUUGUUUAGAAUAUAAUGCUGACAAAUAAGUGUGUAUGGAAGGGGAAAAGAUACUGCUUUGGCCUCUUAUCACUCCGUAUUUCAUUUUGUUUGGUUUUAUCCCCUCAGUGUCUUAGGGAACUUUAUAAGAGAUUCUCUGCUACCAAACAAUGGUGUGGAUUCUUUUGCACAGAAAUAUUUAAGGUGGGACAGUCAAAAAUGUAACAAAAGACUCCUCACCGAUAUUUUACGUUGGUAUCACAAUAUUAACCAGACUCUGAUGUAUUGCAAUAAAACAGGGAACUGUU